AGUAUUAUGCAAAAAAUAAUAAAUCAAUCAAGGGCUAUACCAAAGCCACCGAAAAAGAGGGCAGUUUGUUGGGUGAAAAAUGCGAUAUACUAAUGCCUUGCUCUACGCAAAAGGUUCUCACUGUCGAAAAUGCUAACAGUGUACAAGCCAAGAUGAUUUUAGAAGGCGCUAAUGGUCCUUCGACGCCAGCUGCCGAUGAAAUAUUACGUAAAAAGAAUGUACUCAUUAUACCGGAUUUGUUUUGCAAUGCUGGCGGUGUAACGGUAUCCUACUUUGAGUACUUAAAGAAUAUCAAUCAUGUAUCUUAUGGCAAAAUGAAUGUUAAACGCGAGAAAGCCAUAAUCAACGAGAUCUUUAACUCCAUGAAUGAGUGCGAGGUAAGUGAACUUUGACCACCGUGCAAAUAAGUUAAUUUGUUAAUAUGAAUUUUUUUAAUUUAUUUAUUUAGGAUAAGUUCACGCCAAACAAAAAGUUAAAGCUCAUAAGAGACUGUACGAAGGAGGCGGAUAUUGUAGACGCAGGACUACAAACAGUUAUGGAAACUGUGGGGGCAGGCAUUAAGAUUGUGGCCAAUGAAUUCGGUCUCUGCAAUGAUUUACGCACCGCUGCCUUUAUUUACUCGAUUUCUAAGAUUUUCCGAGCCUUAGAAAUGGAGGGCAUUUCUCAACAAUAAUUACAGAAUGCGUCUGAAGUCGCUUGGCGAUUAUUUAUUUUUAC